GUAGCAGAUUUAUAUUUUAAUAAGUUUUUUUUGUAAAUUUGUCCCGGAAUAAUUGUUUAGAAGUCAAUCAGCGGUAUGAUUUUUAACUAAAAGAUCUGGAAUUGAAACAUUGAAUAUAAAAUGUGUACUUUGUAACAUAUAUUUACUUAUAUUUUUAUUUUCCACAACAUGAAAAUGAGCAUACAAGCUUUUUAUUGCAAACGAUGUAUAAUAAUCGUUUCAUCAAUUUAUUUACUGAAACUUUAAUCUUAUUACGAUAUAUUAAAAAUAUAUCGCAAAAUUUGCAAUGCAACUUCGAAUAUUGUCAUACCACACAUCUUAAAAUCUAUGAUUUGAGAUCUUCGAUUAAGUUUGAAGUUAAAAUGUGUUCAGUUUAUUUCACGGUGCUCGUCGAACUCCUGCAUCUCAAACCAGGUGGGCAGAUAAAGAGGAAAGAAAACAGGAAGAAGAAAGCACUCAGAAGAUGAAGGAAAUGAAGCGAGAAGGAGAAAAGUCACGCGAAGCACUCUUAGUAAUUACGGUUAUUUCGAUGAGCUUCUCGGAACGGUUAGAUUGAUCCCUCCUUAAAUCCUCUCCUUUUACCGGGAAUCCGCAGGAAGACCUCUCCGCGAAGAGAAAUCGAAGAGCAAGUGGCAACGAGAGGGAAGAAAUCGGAGAAGGGAGAACGAGGGUGAGGGAAAAGCUGGAUAACAGUUACGUAUAUACACAGAAUGAAAGAAUUCUGAUCGCAGAGCUUGGCAGUAGUUGCAGUGGACCUUCUCGGUGCAAAACAUCGGUGAAGAUCGAGAAGGUGAUUGAAGCAAGUUGGCCUUUGGAAAAGGUCGACUAUGUAUUAAAUUUAUCAGAAUAAUUAAUUAAAUGUUUCUGAAGAAAAGAAGAGAUAUCUUUGGAAAUAAAAUUUCAAGUUGACUGAAAGGAGAGAUUGACCAGAGUGCACGAAGAUUAAUUUUAUGAGAUCGGCAUAUUUGAAACUGACUGAAAAAGAGAUUGAAUCUCUUUUUAAUUGGAAGAAAAUUGGAGUCCUUUUACUUAAUUCUUUUCACUCUUCAAUCCAGAGUGAAAAAGAUUUAAAGAUUUUAGAGGUCAAAGACUUUUACCUGAAGUUCCAGUAUUCCGUUUCAGUUUGUGUUUAAUUAAAAAAAAAAAAGACUGUUUAGCUAAUACUAUUCGGUUCUCUUGAAAGAAUAUAUAAGUAAUCAUCGGUAAAACAAAUUGAAAUGUAUUUGAAAAAUAUUAUAAUCGCUAUUUGAGAAACUAAGUUUGAUUUUAUCAAGCAACAUUGCUGAUCAGUUCAACAGAAGUGUGCUUCGUUUUAUAAAUAUACAGUGAUUAUUAAUAAACACUUAUUAUUACUGAAAAGUACUGCGGCGAUUUAACAACUUGUAAAAGUUCACUUCAAGAGCUACGAAGAUGAGGACGGUGUUGUUGUUGAUAAUCUGCAUUCAACUUGGAUUAUUUGUAGUUGGCAGGCAUCACAGGGACAGUGAUUUUUUGAGCCACGUACAGUUGGUGCACCAAUUUCAAUGUUCGUUGCCCCAAUCAAGGGCAAUCGCAGUAGAGGAUCUUUUAACGGUGGGCCUCGGGCCUGACGAAGCUUUUUAUCCUGCAUCCACGGUUCUGACGCGCUGUGCUGGAUCGGGAUGUUGUCCUGAUCCCAAACAGAUCUGCGCUCCGACCGAGACCAGAAACGUCAGCCUCGUCUUCAUGGUUAGGCAUCGCAUUGAUCAACAACGAGAUCGUCACCACGAAGUCAUCCAUGCUGUGGAGCACACUAAGUGCGCCUGCAUGGAUAAAAUCCUGGCCAUGAAGAAUUCCAGGUUUUGAACAAGAAAAAUAUUCUUAAAGACAUCCACAGUCCUCAGAUAAAUUGACGACUAAUUUUAUUUGGGGGCUUAUAAUUUAGUUUUCUAAAAGGAGAACUCUUUAAUUUGAAGGAAAAUAACUUAAUCUUCUUCAGUUCUUAUCAAUUUCUAUUGAUAUUCCGAAUCUCGAUUCUAAACGUAUUUUAGUAUAAAAAAAUUUGUUUAUUUUAAUAUAACUUUUUUAUUUUAGAAUCGUAGAUCUCAAUUAAAUGUAUUUAUCUAUAAUUAGAUCAGAUUAUAUUAGAUUGCACUAGCAGACGAACAGAAAUAUUGCACCUGAACGUUAAAAAUAUAUAAAAGCGAAAUAGGUAAAUGUAAAGUCGAAAUGGAGAAUCUACAGAAUGAAUUUUUAGUAAUAAAGUUUUCUUUACUUUGUAUGUCUCGUUUUAAAAUAAAUGUAUAAGUUUGAAACAGACUUAUAGGGUGCAAUAAAAAAUGAUAUUAAAUAUAAAAGAAGCAAUACUUUUUUAUGCAAACUUUUAAGAAGCAUCUUGCUGUAUUUAUUACUGUGUUAUCUUACUCUUACUAUAUUUUACUUACUUCUUUGUAUGUUAUAUACAUCAACUUGGUGUGGCAAAUAAAUAAACGUAAAUUGAAACAUCCCUAAAA